ACCGACGCCCUCCAUUAGUUGAGUAUGUCGGCCGGCUGCGGACGCUACCGAGAAGCAUCGCGUUACCGUGUAUGUGUUAUUUUGUGAUUGUCGUUUUUUUUUCAAUAGAUUUUACACCCGAGACUAUGUUUUAAUAUCAAACACAUCAUACUAUACAGAAAUUAUUUAUUUAACACUAGUGUCGAAACUGUUGUUCCUGCUGAAAGUAUCCAAUACACGAUCAUAAUUAUCAUACCAAAAGGAAAAACGAAGGAACGUCGACUGUUGUUGUGUCCGCGGUACGGUGCAAGGUGUAAACAAACGUCGGUAUAGAGGUGUCUGGCUACCAUGACGACAGACAUCUCUGUGGUCCGGUGGGAUCCGGCCAUACAACAGGACGGGACGGGAAUCGUCGAGGACUACGAAUAUGACGGCGGCAACUCGUCUUCCAGACUGUUUGAGAGGUCUAGGAUCAAAGCCCUAGCCGACGAAAGAGAAAGUGUACAGAAAAAAACAUUUCAGAAAUGGGUAAACUCGCACUUGGUCAGGGUGCACUCCCGGAUCGGAGAUUUGUACGUGGAUCUCAGAGACGGCAAAAUGCUCAUCAAGCUAUUGGAAGUGCUCUCCGGAGAACGAUUGCCAAAACCCACCAAAGGAAAAAUGAGAAUACAUUGUUUAGAAAACGUCGACAAAGCCCUACAGUUUUUAAAAGACCAGCGAGUACAUUUAGAAAACAUGGGAUCGCACGACAUCGUCGACGGUAACCCCAGACUAUCGUUGGGUCUCAUAUGGACUAUUAUCCUAAGAUUCCAAAUUCAAGACAUCACCAUCGAAGAGACAGACAACAAAGAAACAAAAUCGGCCAAGGACGCACUGUUACUAUGGUGUCAAAUGAAAACCGCUGGCUACCACAACGUUAACGUACGCAACUUUACGACUUCGUGGCGAGACGGUUUGGCAUUCAACGCAAUCAUCCACAAGCACCGACCAGACCUGGUGCAAUUCGAAAAACUCAGUAAAACGAACGCGAACCACAAUCUAAACAAUGCGUUCAACACGGCCGAGGACAAACUGGGCAUAGUCAAGUUGUUGGACGCUGAGGAUGUGUUUGUCGAACAACCAGACGAGAAAUCUAUCAUCACAUACGUGGUCACAUAUUACCAUUACUUCAGCAAAAUGAAACAAGAGACGGUGCAAGGCAAGAGAAUUGGUCGUGUUGUCGGCAUAGCCAUGGAGAACGAACGCACCGCACAAGAAUACGAACGUCUCACCAGCGACCUGUUACAAUGGAUCAAGCAGACCAAGGAGUCGCUGGCCGAGCGCAAAUUCCUUAACUCGUUAAACGGCGUUCAGCAACAACUACAGCAGUUCAACAACUACAGGACUGUAGAGAAACCGCCGAAAUUUGUAGAAAAAGGAAAUCUAGAAGUGCUGCUGUUCACAUUGCAGUCCAAGAUGAGGGCUAACAACCAGAAACCGUACACGCCCAAAGAGGGGAAAAUGAUUUCGGACAUCAACAAAGCGUGGGAACAGUUAGAAAAAGCUGAACACGAAAGAGAGUUGGCACUAAGAGAAGAGAUCAUCAGGCAAGAAAAACUAGAACAACUCGCCCAAAGAUUCAAUAGAAAAGCCAGCAUGAGAGAAACUUGGCUGAGCGAAAAUCAACGUUUGGUUUCUCAGGACAAUUUCGGAUUGGACUUGGCCGCCGUUGAGGCCGCAGCCAAGAAACACGAAGCUAUCGAAACCGACAUAUUUGCCUAUGAAGAACGCGUAGAAGCUGUUGUGACUGUGGCAGAAGAAUUGGAGACCGAAGAUUACCACGAUAUCGUUCGUAUAAAUGCCAGGAAAGACAACGUUCUCCGUCUCUGGAACUAUCUUUUGGAACUUUUGAAAGCCCGCCGACACCGUUUGGAACUUUCUCUACAACUCCAACAGAACUUCCAAGAGAUGCUCUAUAUUUUGGAUUCCAUGGAAGAACUGAAGAUGAGACUUUUGUCUGAUGAUUACGGCAAACAUUUGAUGGGCGUCGAAGACCUCCUUCAGAAACACAGUCUUGUCGAGGCUGACAUCAACGUCUUAGGUGAACGGGUUAAGAGUGUUGUACAACAUUCACAAGGAUUUUUGGAUGAAGAGAAUACUGAAGGUUAUCGACCAUGUGACCCAGCCGUCAUUGUGGAAAGAGUUCAGGAACUCGAGGAUGCCUAUUCUGAAUUGGUUAAAUUAGCUGUUGAAAGAAGAUCUCGUUUGGAAGAGAGCAGGAAACUCUGGCAGUUCUAUUGGGACAUGGCCGACGAGGAGAACUGGAUUAAAGAAAAGGAACAGAUUGUGUCCGCUGGAGAUAUUGGUCAUGACUUGACAACCAUCAACUUGUUGCUUUCUAAACAUAAAGCACUCGAAAAUGAAAUUCAAAGUCAUGAAGGUCAGUUACUGGAAGUGGUCAAAGUCGGCGAAGAUUUGAUCAGUAGUAAUCAUUUCGGUGCUGAUCGUAUACAAGAACGUGUGUCGAGCACACACACCAUGUGGGAAAACUUGAUCACAUUGGCAAAACAGAGACGCAAACGUUUGGAAGAUGCUGUUGACUAUCAUCAAUGGUUCGCUGAUGCUGAUGAUGUCGAUAUUUGGAUGUUAGACACAUUAAGACUUGUUUCUUCUGAAGAUGUCGGCCGCGAUGAAGCUAACGUACAAUCGUUGUUAAAGAAACACAAGGAGGUGAGCGAAGAGUUGAAAUCAUACUCUCAAUCUGUAGAAGCCCUACGGUCUCAAGCCAACCAGUUGAAUGCUGAACCAGGUGCACCAACAAGCGGACCAGAAGUUAAUGAACGAAUGUCAUCUAUCGACAAGCGAUACAAAGAAUUGGUUGAAUUAGCUAAGCUAAGACAUCAACGAUUGUUAGAUGCUCUUUCGUUGUACAAACUAUUUAGCGAAGCUGAUGCUGUGCAACAAUGGAUUGGAGAGAAGAACCGAAUGUUGGAGACCAUGAGUCCAGGAAAAGAUAUUGAAGAUGUUGAAAUUAUGAAACAUCGUUAUGACGGUUUUGACAAGGAAAUGAAUUCUAAUGCUUCACGUGUUGCGGUUGUAAACCAAUUGGCGCGGCAAUUACUUCAUGUCGAACAUCCUAAUUCAGACGAAAUCGUCAACAGACAAAACAAUUUGAAUCAUGAAUGGGGCGAACUACGUGAUAAGGCAGAAGUCAAACGCGACCAACUGAACUCUGCACAUGGUGUUCAGACUUUCCAUAUUGAAUGCAGAGAAACUAUAUCUUGGAUUGAGGACAAAAAGAGAAUAUUACAAUCUACUGAUAGCCUAGAAAUGGAUCUUACCGGCAUAAUGACGUUGCAGCGACGUUUGUCUGGUAUGGAACGUGACUUGGCUGCUAUACAAGCUAAACUCGACUCUUUGGAGGCUGAAGCUCAAGCUAACGAGAAGGAACAUCCUGAAGAAGCCGCUGUUAUACGGGAGAGAAUAGAGACCAUUCAAAAAGAUUGGGAAGAGUUGACUCAAAUGUUGAAAGAACGGGAUUCGAAAUUGGAAGAGGCUGGUGACAUUCAUCGCUUCUUGCGUGACCUCGACCACUUCCAGGCAUGGUUGACCAAAACUCAAACUGACGUCGCUUCUGAAGACAUUCCGUCUUCGUUGUCUGAAGCUGAGAAACUCCUCUCUCAGCACCAAGCCAUACGUGAAGAAAUCGAUAAUUAUACCACAGACUACACUCAAAUGAUGGAAUAUGGUGAUAAAGUUACUGCUGAACCCGGUACCCAAGAUGAUCAUCAAUACAUGUUCUUAAGGGAACGUCUUAAGGCUUUGCGUGACGGAUGGCAAGAACUACAUAAAAUGUGGGACAACCGCCAACAACUCUUGUCUAAAUCUCUCAAUCUUCAAAUGUUCAAUCGCGAUGCUCGACAAGCCGAAGUGUUACUCUCCCAACAAGAACAUUUGUUAUCUAAAGAUGAAGUUCCAACAAAUCUGGAACACGCUGAAAACCUCAUCAAGCGUCACGAAGCUUUCCUAACAACUAUGGAAGCUAAUGACGACAAAAUCAAUGGCGUCACACAGUUCGCUUCUAAGCUGGUUGAUGAAAACCAUUAUGAUGCUGACAAAGUGAAAAAGAAGGCUGACAAUAUACGAGAACGUCGUGAAGCCAACCGUGAAAAAGCCCAAAAACUCAUGGACCAACUUAAAGACCAACUACAACUUCACCAAUUCCUACAAGAUUCCGACGAACUUCAGCAAUGGAUUCAAGAAAAGAAAUUCACUGCUCAAGAUGAAACUUAUAGAAGCGCUAAGACAGUGCACAGCAAGUGGACUCGUCAUCAAGCGUUUGAAGCAGAAAUCGCCUCCAACAAAGAUAGGCUAGACAGAGUACAACAAUCUGGAGAAGAGCUUAUGAAAGAAAAACCAGAAUUGGCGUCUGUUAUCGAACCAAAGAUAUCAGAAAUGUUGAACCAAUUUGAAGAUUUGGAGAAGACCACCACUGCAAAGGGCGAGCGCCUGUUUGAUGCUAACAGAGAAGUUCUUAUUCACCAGACCUGUGAAGAUAUCGACUCUUGGAUGGACGACCUUGAGAAACAAAUUGAGGCUGCGGAUACAGGAACCGAUCUAGCUUCAGUUAAUAUACUCAUGCAGAAACAACAAAUGAUUGAGACACAAAUGGCUGUCAAGGCUAAACAAGUUGUGGAAUUGGAAACUCAAGCGGAAUAUUUGAAAAAGACCGUUCCAGAGAAGCAUGAACUGAUCAUACCUAAGAAAGUCAAAGUAGAAGAGCGAUUCGGACAGCUUAAGGAACCACUACAACUGAGACAGAGGCAGUUAGAGAAAAAGAAGGAAGCGUUCCAAUUCAAAAGAGAUGUUGAAGAUGAAAAAUUAUGGAUCACUGAAAAAACACCAUUGGCCACGUCCACUGAAUAUGGAAAUAGCCUGUUCAAUGUCAACAUGUUGCAAAAGAAAAAUCAAUCUUUGGGUAAUGAGAUUGACAAUCACGAAACUCGCAUUAACCUCGUUUGCAACAAUGGGCAGAAAUUAAUCGAUGAAGGACAUGAGGAUGCAUCUCAGUUCACAGACCUCAUCCAUGACCUAACCCAGCGUUGGCAACAGCUCCAACAAGACGUCGAACACCGUAGACAGAUGUUGCUACAAUCUGAAAAGGCCCAACAAUACUUCUUCGACGCUAGCGAAGCAGAAAGUUGGAUGGGCGAACAAGAACUGUACAUGAUGGUGGAAGACCGUGGAAAAGAUCAGAUAUCGGCGCAAAAUUUAAAAAAGAAACACGAAUCCCAAGAAUUGGCUGUUGACAACUACGCGGAUACUAUUAGGCAGCUAGGAGAAACUGCUCGUCAACUGACUAGUGAAAUGCAUCCUGAGAGCGACCAAAUAGCUGUCAAACAAUCACAAGUCGAUAAGUUAUACGCUGGCCUUAAAGAUUUAGCCGGAGAACGUAAAGCUAAAUUAGAUGAAGCCCUGAAAUUGUUCAUGUUACACCGUGAAGUGGACGAUUUGGAACAAUGGAUCGCUGAGAGAGAAAUAGUCGCUGGAUCACAUGAACUCGGACAGGACUAUGAUCAUGUCACAUUACUAUUUGAGAGAUUCAAAGAAUUUGCUCGUGACACCGAAGCUACAGGCAGUGAACGUGUUGCUACGGUUAACGGUAUUGCUGAUCAACUGAUCAACAUCGGUCACAGUGAUUCUGCCACAAUAGCAGAAUGGAAAGAUAGCUUAAACGAACAGUGGCAAGACCUACUCGAACUGAUCGAAACUAGAAAACAAAUGUUGGUGGCUUCACGAGAGUUGCAUAAAUUCUUCCAUGACUGCAAAGACAUGGUUAGCCGCAUUGCCGAGAAGAAUCAUGAAAUGUCUGAGGACCUCGGUCGAGACGCUGGGUCUGUUCACACAUUACAGCGUAAACACCAGAGUUUCUUGCAAGACUUGCACACACUAAGCGCACAGGUCCAAGCUAUAACUGAAGAUUCAGCUCGUCUGCAAACGUCAUACGCUGGCGACAAAGCAAAGGAGAUAACUGGUCGUGAAGCUGAGGUGGUUAACGCCUGGGCUGCCUUGCAGUCUGGGUGUGAGCUACGCAAACAAAAAUUAGCCGACACAGGAGAUCUGCACAAGUUCUUCAACAUGGUCAGGACAUUGACCAUUUGGAUGGACGAUGUUGUCAGACAGAUGAACACAUCGGAGAAACCCAGAGAUGUUAGCGGCGUCGAACUGUUGAUGAACAACCACCAAAGCCUGAAGGCUGAAAUCGACACGAGAGAAGACAACUUCACUGCUUGUAUCUCCUUGGGAAAAGAACUACUUUCUAGAAACCAUUAUGCAUCCAACGAAAUUAAAGAUAAACUUAUGUUGUUGAACACCCAGAGGAAUUCGUUGCUAAACAGAUGGGAAGAACGAUGGGAAAACUUACAGCUAAUUUUGGAAGUAUAUCAGUUUGCCAGAGAUGCAGCCGUUGCUGAAGCUUGGUUGUUGGCCCAAGAACCUUAUAUAAUGAGUUUAGAAUUAGGAAUGACCAUUGAUCAAGUGGAAAACUUAAUUAAAAAACAUGAAGCUUUCGAAAAGUCAGCCAUCGCACAAGAAGAAAGAUUCUGUGCUUUAGAACGAUUAACCACCUUUGAAUUGAAAGAAAUUCAACGUCGAAAAGAAGAAGAAGAAAGAAAACGACAAGAAGAGCUUGCUCAACAAGCAGCUCAAGCUGAAGCUGAAGCAGCUGCUAAAGCUGCUCAAGAAGCAUCGGAAGCUGACGGCAAAGCUAAAGACAGUGAAGGUCGCCCUGUGCAUGUGAGCUCUGCAUCCGGCAAGAAGAAUGUCACGGCCGGUCCCAGUGGAUCCGCCAGAUCUUCAUCCACUUUGCCUGCAACUUCGCGAAGUCAAUUAGUCAAAGACCGUAACAAGGACAGGUCAAGGUCCAAGUCACCGUUCCGGAGCUUCAGGUGGAAAAAAUCUCCUCAAAAAAGUCCGUUGUCAGCUGUGGCUUCGGUCAGCGACGAUGAGGCCAUCGUCGAGCGUACCUCAGGUACUUCAGAUCAAUCGACUGUCGACACUGAUGGCGAGAUCCUUGAAGGAGUACUCAACAGAAAACACGAAUGGGAGUCGACCACAAAAAAAGCAUCUAACAGGUCUUGGGACAAAGUAUUCGUGUGUGUGCAGGGCACCAAUCUGGCGUUUUACAAAGACGCCAAGGUGGCCAAAUCAUCGCCAGACACAUACUUCAAGGGCGAGGCGCCAAUCGAUUUACGCGGUGGUUCCGCCGAUGUGGCCACAGACUACACCAAAAAGAAGUUUGUUUUGCGUGUAAAGCUGUCCGCUGGUGCAGAAUUCCUGUUCCAGGCACGUAACGAUACUGAAAUGAGACAAUGGGUCAACACUUUAAAAGCAGUGUGUGAACAGGAUACGGCCGGCACUCAGUCACGAUCACAAACUUUACCGGCCGGCGGAGACAAACGGGAGGAACCCAAACGUCGCAGUUUCUUCACAAUGAAAAAAGUGUAAAACGCUAACAGCUGAACGCUGCUGCUACCACUUGACAGCUAACAUUAAUAAUAAUAAUAUAAAAAUAUUCCUUCAUACUCGCUUCAGAAAAAAUAAAUAAGUGAAACCGCAACACAUUUCGUGCACAUCUCUUAUACAUAAUUUUCGUAUUUGAUAUAUCAACAAUUAACCAAUUUUUACAUGUUUAGUUUUAUUUAAUUUUAUUAUUAUUACUUAUUAUUAUUAUUAUUUUAUUUUAUUGAAUUUUGCAAUGUUUAUUUAUUAUAUUUUUUCUUUUUUAACGCCAGAAAAUAAAUCUAUCCUUUACAUAAUAUACUUUAUUUAUUAUUUGUAAUAAAUAUUUAAAAAAAAAAAAACUAUUAAGCUAAUAUUAUUUAAUUGAGACUAAUUGUUCAUAAAUAUUACAUACAUACAUAUAUAUAUAUAUUUAUUUAUAUUAUUAUAUUGAUAAAGUAUUAUUUUUGUUAUACAUUUAAUACAUAACAAAUAUGCCUGAACGAAGAUAACUAAAAUUAUUAAUAUUAUCUAUAUAUAUAUAUAUAUAACUUAGAGCAAUCAUAGUAUUUUUAAGAAACUUUUAUUAUUUAAUUUAUAUAGAAAUUAUAUAUAAAUAUAUAUUUAUUUGUCAGGAAAUAAAAAAAGCCCUUUAAUAUCACAUUUUAGUUACCUUUUAAGGCUUUAAAGUGUACAUUUUAAUACAAUUUUGCUAAUAUUUAUUUUUGAAUAAUGUUAUUUAAAAAAAAAAACCUUAAGAAUUCUUUUUAAGUAUAAUAAAUGUUAUAGAACUUCUACUUUUUGGCGUUUGGUUCUUCUUUAUGAGAAUUUGCGCUUUUAAGAAAUAUUUAUUAUUGAUUAAAGUUUUUUUUUUUAAAUUUAUGAUGAGAUGUCAAAGUAAUUUAUUUGAGAAAAUAUAUAUUUAUUAUAUAUAAGGUAGGCUACAAUGAUGUAUACCCAUGGAUAUUUUCAAUGUUUGUGUAAUAAAAUAAAACAAAUUAUUAUAUUAACUUCGCUUGAAACAAAUGUUUAGUGGAUAAAAUAAAGAAAUUGUCAGCGAAUA